CAACAGCUGAGCAGCGCCGAGUGCCUGGUCGGAUCUAAAGAGCAGACAGAAAAAGCACCGCUGUUGCUUAAACAAGAGAUCUCUCGAGGCAAAGAUUGACAGCUCUGUGGUUCUGGUGAGUACGGCGGGUUUCUGUUUUCUGAAAGCAAAACCAGGAUGUUAAACGACAGGCGCUGAGAUAGGUCGAUAGCUGGCGGCUCAGUUCACCUAGAUCCAGUUUGGGAUGAGGUUGUGCAGAGCGCGAUUCGAAUUCCUUGAAUUAAAGCGUGGGGCUGCAUGGGGGGGGGGGUUCUCCGAGCUCCCAUGCUUUUUGCAUUGGUAAGCCUUAUGCAUGCGUCCUGCAGUGAGACAGGUAGAUAAUCUGAACUGCAUUGUAAUUGCAGAGAUAACGUGGCCAUUGUAAGUUGCACUUCUGUAAGUGCUGUCGGUUUCUUCAAAGAUCAGCUUGUGGGAUUUUUUUGGCGAGGGGGAGACACCCUUUGAACGGCAACUGAUGUCCUUUCUCUUUUCCAUUUUGCUCUGCAGGUCUCUGUGACUCGCUGUGUCUACUCCCUUAGCUAACGAUGGAGACGAUGCAGGAGCUGAUUCCCUUUGCCAAAGAGAUGCUCAGCCAGAAACCCAACGGGAAGAUGGUCAAGCUGUACAUGCUGGGCAGCGUGCUGACGUUCUUUGGUGUGGUCAUUGGCCUGGUGGAGACUGUCUGCAGCCCUUUCGCCUCCGAGGAGAGGCAGGAGGAGGAGGAGAGGGAGAAGGAAGAGGAGAGACCUGCCACCCCCCUGACGAAAGAGGAGGUUGUGCCUCAGAAACAGGAGGGUGUAACAAUGGAAAAAAGCAAGCAGGUGCUAGCAGUGAGAAAUUUGGUGAACCGGCAGCAUGCAUCAUAAGAGCACGUCCGGCGCCUGCAAGAACAUCGUGACGUGAAAUGCACAGGACAUUCCUUGCCCCAUUCCUUCUUGACAGUGUAGUUUCCAGAACGCAAGAGAACUGUGACUUGUAUGCGAGAUGCAAAUGGACUCUAUACCUAAAACCAAGACAGUUUUAUUUUGCUGCCAUGCAGCAGUUUUAACUACACAGCCAUUUCAAUCUACGUACCUGUUCUUUAGGUAUGGAUAUGUGAAGCUUGUAGCAUCUUGUACCCACCUUUGUGUGGGGUGGUUGUUUUUAUAUUAUUGUUAUUAUGAUAACUAUGCAUACAAUUUACAUACAUUUUCAUUUUAAAUAAACUAUUUUAUACCUG